GGAGGGGAGGAAGCUGGGAUGUGGCGUUGCUGAAGUUCACGCCACGACCGAGAGCAACAGUCUGACUUCUGGGCAACUUUUGCCAGCGGCUAUGGCGUCCGCACAGGGCUCCCGGACACUCAGCAAGGACGAUGUGAACUAUAAACUCCAUUUUCGGAUGAUCAAUGAGCAGCAGGUGGAGGAUAUCACCAUAGACUUCUUCUACAAACCGCACACGAUCACUUUACUCACCUUCACUGUGAUCAGUAUCAUGUACUUCGCCUUCACCAGGAACGAUUCCGAUCCUGACAAUAACCUGCGUGUAGGCCUUGCUCUGGUCAUCUCCUUCUUCCUUGUUAUCAGUGUUCUGGCUUUCCCUAAUGGUCCAUUUACCAGGCCGCACCCAGCUAUAUGGCGCAUGGUUUUUGGUCUUAGUGUCCUUUACUUCCUCUUUUUGGUGUUCCUCAUUUUCCUGAACUGGGACCAGGUGAAGAUCUUUAUGUACUGGCUGGACCCUGAUCUACGAUAUGCUACCCGUGACGCUGAUGUUAUGGAAUAUGCAGUAAACUGUCAUGUUAUCACAUGGGAGCGCAUCCUCAGUCACUUUGACAUCUUUGCUUUCGGGCACUUCUGGGGCUGGGCAAUGAAGGCCCUUCUCAUCCGCAGCUAUGGACUCUGCUGGACCAUCAGCAUCACGUGGGAACUCACAGAGUUGUUCUUCAUGCACCUGCUGCCUAACUUUGCCGAAUGCUGGUGGGACCAGGUUAUUCUUGACAUCCUCCUGUGUAACGGAGGUGGCAUCUGGCUUGGCAUGACUGUGUGUCGUUUUCUGGAGAUGCGCACCUACCACUGGGCCAGUAUCAAGGAUAUCCACAGCACCACAGGGAAGCUAAAGCGUGCUGUCCUACAGUUCACCCCUGCCAGCUGGACCUACGUACGUUGGUUUGACCCCAAGUCCUCCUUCCAGAGAGUGGCGGGCAUAUACCUCUUCAUGAUCGUCUGGCAGCUUACAGAACUGAACACAUUCUUCCUCAAGCACAUUUUCGUAUUCCAGGCCUCUCACCCCCUCAGCUGGUGCCGAAUUCUCUUCAUCGGGAUCAUCACUGCCCCCACUGUGCGGCAAUAUUAUGCAUACCUCACAGACACUCAAUGCAAAAGAGUGGGGACCCAGUGUUGGGUGUUUGGGGCCAUUGCUUUCCUGGAAGCCCUUGCAUGUGUUAAGUUUGGACAGGAUCUGUUCUCCAAAACACAGGUUGUGUAUGUGGUCCUGUGGCUCUUGUGUGUGGCCUUUAUUACCUCUCUCUGCCUCUAUGGGAUGGUGUGGUAUGAGCAGAACUGCAGUGUGAGGCUCAAGAGCACCUCUGAUUGUGACGAUGGCAGCUUCAUUGAUUCGUGUGGUUAUAUUCCUGAAACUAUUAAAGCUGAAAGACACUCCAGCAACCAUUCCCAGUCAUCCCGCAGGAGAAGAGGAGGCUCGGGGAAGAACAAAGCUAACGGAACAAGCAACAAGAAGUAGCUCCAGUUGGACGCAGAGUGUUCUCUCAAUGCACCCACACACAAGAGGGUGAUAAAACAUUA